UAAGCAGAAACUCGAUUAAAGUAUCUGCGCUGUCGUUGAACUAAAAGUCGAUACUCGCCCCCGCCGAUCCGCGCAAACUUAUCCGAAUAAUUUCAUUUUGCAAUAAUUAACGUAUAAUCGAGACGUGAAAACUCGCUCGCCACGAGCUCCAUCGGUCCGACGUCCUAAUCACGGUCCGAAGCUUCGGCCAUUGCAAGAUUCGAAAUCGCGUUACAGCCGGUUACGUAACGACACACAGCGGCAGAAAAACCGAAAAGGUGUGAGAUUAUAGUUCGCGCGUCGCGUCGGGCAGAACAGAUCCCACGAGAGAGACUGCGAUUUCGAUCGAGUUGCAUAACGGUUUCGAUCGACGGCGCCGGAUCGGCUGGAACCGAGAACCGUCGAAUCGUGGGCUAAGCGGGUUAAGGAGACGCUACUUUCGCAACGUCCCGGUAAGGAGCCAGGAAAGAGCCUGCUUCCUUAAUGCCGAUUUUUCCCCGUUCGAUAUAAAAUCGGAGCGUGGUGACCAGAUUAAUCAUACCGAACGCAGCGUCGGCGCCGAACGUUUCGGUACCCCAACGAUCCGAUCGCGUCGAACCAUGAAUUCCCACCUGGUGAUGCUGCUGCUCUUCGCCGUGUUCGUCGCCUGUCAGUGCCUGGCGGCGGCUCGGGAGAUCGGCCAACAAGAUGGCGACAUGGUGGCAGCGGCUUCCCAUCAUCGUUACGAGAAAGGUGGCGGCGAGGAGCACCAUUCCGAUCAUCGUCAGAAGCACGGGGACAAGGGCGACAAAGGGUACAAGUCGUCGCACGAGCACGAGAAAGGUGAGAAGGGCCACCACGACAAAGACGAGCACAAAGGCUACUACGACGAAGAAGAGGGCCACAAGAAGAAUCAUCAUCACGACGACGGCUACUACGCCGAGCAUCACAAGGGCGAGAAGGGCGAGAAGGGGCACAAAUUCCACGAGGAAGGACAUUAUGGGAAAGGUCACAGCACCAAGGGACACCACGAGGUACACAAGGUAGACGAAUUCAAGAAGGACAAGGAGUUCUUCGACGAGCAUCACGAUUCCGGACACCACGAGGACCACGGCGGCCAUCAUCACGAGCACGGUCACAAGAAGGGCGGCCACUUCAAGAAGGGUCAUCACGACGAAGGCGGACACGAAGAUCAUUAUGGCAAGAAGGGGCACUUCGAGAAGGGAAGUCAUCACCAUGACGACAAGGGACACAAGAGCUCCGGCGGUCACGAUGAGCAUCACGAGCAUCAUUCCAAACAUGGGAAGAAAGGCGGACACGACGACCACAAGUCGUGGGGAUUCAAAAAGGGUCAUUAACAAGUGUUCACGAUGAUUGUUAUGUUUGUUAAGCGUCGUGACAUGUUCAGCUUUGUGUUUCAUUGAAAUAAACAUAUUUUUGAGAUUCGUGCCGGUUGGACGAUACUAACUUCCGUCUUUGCGCGCGUUACAUACUUUAAUAAAAAUUCAUUCCUGUUUGAAA